UUUCUCCACGAAGCAAAAUAGAAACAAAUUUCCUAUAUUUCAUGCCAAAUUGGCCCAGAUCCGUACUACCAUGCUCAUGAGUCGAGCGCUCUGCCGGAGUUGGCUGCCCCAGGUGGCCCACAGAUGUCAUGCGAAUGUGCCGAUCCUGCGGAUAAACUCUGGUCAUCCGGCGGCCAGGUCCUGCAGGCAAUUCCACAGCCACCGGAAGCAGAGCAGCAACCUAAAGCCGACAACCGGGGAACCUCUGGCGUCGGAGCAGAACACCUCGGUGCCGGUGAACAAUGUGAUCAAGGCGGUGGCCUUCACGGGAGCAUUUACGGUGGGCUGCUUCGCGGGCGCCACCAUCCUGGAGUACGAGAACACACGCAGCCUAAUCCUGGAGAAGGCGCGCCAGGCGAGAUUCGGCUGGUGGCAGAGUCGUUCGCUGGCGGACCGGGACUACUGGACACAGCUGAAGCAGGACAUCCGGCGGCACUGGGACUCACUGACGCCCGGCGACAAGAUGUUCGCCCCCAUCUUCCUCUGCAACGUAGUGGCCUUCGCCAUGUGGCGGGUGCCCGCCCUGCGAUCCACCAUGAUGACCUACUUCACCUCCAAUCCAGCGGCGAAAUGCAACCAACAAUAACAUCUAUACUUUCUUCCGUCCACAUAGGAGUCGUCUGCUGGCCCAUGUUCCUGUCCACCUUUAGCCACUACUCGGCCAUGCACAUAUUCGCCAACAUGUACGUGAUGCACAGCUUUGCCAACGCGGCGGUCCUUUCGCUGGGGAAGGAGCAGUUCCUGGCGGUCUACCUCAGUGCCGGCGUCUUCUCCAGCCUGAUGAGCGUGCUCUACAAAGCGGGCACGAGCCAGGCGGGGAUGUCCCUGGGUGCGUCUGGAGCCAUAAUGACUCUGCUGGCCUACGUGUGCACCCAGUAUCCGGAUACCCAGCUUAGCAUACUGUUCCUGCCCGCGCUGACAUUCUCCGCCGGGGCGGGCAUAAAAGUGCUGAUGGGCAUUGACUUUGCCGGCGUUGUGCUGGGCUGGAAGUUCUUCGAUCAUGCGGCUCAUUUGGGCGGUGCCAUGUUCGGCAUAUUUUGGGCCACGUACGGAGCACAGAUUUGGGCGAAACGCAUUGGCCUGCUGAAUUACUACCACGACCUGCGCCGGACGAAGCAGAAAUAGUACAUGAGGAUUGGGGGACGGCCAAGUGAACGGACAGGGAGUUGAGGUUACUCUGCUGUGACGAUAAUACCGACAUCGUUCUGCCUUAGAAGUUCAAUGCAAUGAGUUAAGUUGAAUAAAGCGUUAACAUCCUGUA